CUUCAUUCAACAUCCCCGCGUAAGCGUUCUGUUUCAAUGUCGUUGCAAGCGGCCCCGAGAGUCUGCAUCGUUGGUGCAGGGCCUUGCGGCCUUGCCACCCUCAAGGCCUUCAAAGACUAUCCUCACACUCGCUCCUGGGAUGUCGUCGCAUUCGAGGCAAAAACUGACGUCGGCGGAGUUUGGGUCCCUGACCCACAUCCUCCCGUUCCGCCGUCCCAUUCCGGUGAAGCGAGCGGCAACAUCCCAUCCUCACCCAUCUAUGAUUCUCUAACAACCAACUUGCCCCACCAUAUCAUGGCCUUCUACACGCACGCGUUCCCAGACACCGAGAUUCCACUCUUCCCACCGCAUCAGGUUGUUAGGAAGUACAUUCGGGAUUAUGCCGAGCGCUUCGACCUGCUGCGGUAUGUGCGCUUUGGGACACGUGUCACAAAGGCGAGGUUUGUUGAGGAGCCCCGCGGAUGGAGGGUGAGGAGUAGGGAGGAGAAUGGGUGUUCUGGGACAAGAAAUGGAGAUGCAGAUGGAGAGGGGGAGGGAGAGUUCUUCGACUAUCUCCUUGUGUGCGCGGGUCACUACAACCACCCGCGGACCCCGGCUUGGGAAGGCCUGCCGAAGUGGGAGAACAAGAGGAGACGGGUCAUCCACUCCAUCUACUACCGGAACCCGGACCCAUAUAAAGGCCAAACUGUUUUGGUCGUUGGAGAUGGGCCAUCGGCACGGGACAUCAGUGCCGAACUUGAGCCCGUAGCAAAGCAGAUUCAUCGGUCCUUUCCUUGCCCACCUCCACCGACUGCAGGGCAUGACGGUAUGUACAAUACCCCCGUCCUCCAUUCGCGCAUAUCCCGUUUCGAUCCCGUCACAGGACACGUACGAUUUGAGGACGGUUCCGUCGCGGAGGAUGUGGACACAGUGCUCGCCGCGACGGGUUACGAGUUUGUCUACGACUUCUUGAGGCACCGGGCACUCCCUGCGCUGCAAUGGCACAUGGUACCAACGAUAGAUCCACAGGCGUACGCGGAUGUGAAAGCCAAUGCGGAGUCACAACCAGUGCCCGCAUACGACGGACAGCGAGGUGGGAUGGUGGGAGGGAAGCCUGAAGAAGCCGCGCAUGAUCAUCCCAGCGAUCUGCACGACCCAUCACCACCACCAUCACCUCCACGGAUCUUAUUUCUCGGCGCCCCUAGCAAGGUGGCUCCUUUCCCGCUGUUCGAGGUGCAAGCGAUCGCUGCGACCCGCAUGCUGGCCGGCAAGUUUGACUAUGCGCAUCCUUCAGCGUCAUCAGCCGAAUCAGCAUUGCAAUCAAUAGGAACGGCAUCAUCGUUACCAACGACGGCCACCUACGAUUUCAGGCGCGCAACGACGACUCACGUUCUCGACGACAAGCAGUGGGCGUUCUGCGAUGCUCUCGCCCAAGCCAGCGGGGUGUUCCCUGAGCAGUGGAGCGUGCGGGCGUGGGUACCGCCGCUGUACGCCGUCAAGGCGAGUCUGAGGGAGGCGGCGCGGUUUGUUGGAAAACAGUGGAAGGAGCAGCAGGAGCAGGCAGGCAUGCAGGCGGCGUAGAUGUAGUAUCACUCACUAUACCUUGAUCGGAUUGAAGUGUAUCAUGGCCUAGUAGGCGUAGUGUAGAUGCGCCAAAUAAACCCGCACGUGACUCUAAGUGAGAUGCGCAGGCGAGACGCGCUUGGAAGGGGAUCGCUUCACAUCAAUCUGAUCUCACAAAAAG